GAAAUUGCACGAAAUGCUACUCGUCUCUGCGUACAGUAGUACAAAAUCGGGAUAGUUUGUGGCAACGAUCAGUACAGAGAGAUGUGCACGCAGGUGUUUGAGACAGGAUUCGCAUGUACUAUACCGCGAAUAUUUCGAAGAAAAAUUCACCGGCCGUUACUUUUCUGUGUGUAUGGGAGUAACUGGAACGAAAGACAAUUCAAAGCCGUCUUCGUUGGCCGCGGCGGUAUCGUAAGCACAGCUGCCGGACAGGUGGCGUCGUUGAGAUAUCCAUUUUCAUCAAAGUUGGCGAAGCCCUGUAGGAAAAAAAAACAGUAAAAGAGGAGAGAAGCGUGGCAGCUUUGAGAACACUGCCAGCAGGCGCUCCGAAUAUGUACGUGGAAAGACCUACAUUUGUUCCGUAACGUGAUACGACGACGACGUCAUCUCCACGUCUGUUCGCAGAUGCCUGUUGCUUCCGCUCACACAGAAAUUAGUAGUGCUGUGGGUCGGCAGUGGAUUCUGAUACGGAAUUAGCGUCCGUGCUACUUUUUCGUGUCUGUGUGCGUGUAGGCCACCGUGUGAUACGUUAGAAGACUUGCACAUGUAUCAUCAACGAUUCGUGAGAAAGGCGCCCGCCGAAACCCGCUGCAGUUGGCUCCUGCGUUGCGCCGCGUUUCUCGCUUGCACGUGGGUCGUUGGCGCGCACGUAGACUCGACUUUGCAUGGCGCUCCGAAACCGUCCAGCGCAGCGGCGGCUGAGCUGCACCACAAGUGGUCCACUGCGGACGUGGUCCGGGACCUUGAGCACAUUAAAGAAGACGUGGCAAAAAUAAUUCAGCUUCAGAGUACGGGAGAGCUGUCCACGGAAGAAAUGUACUUUUAUUAUUUUAGGAUGCACGAUUUCGACGACAACAAUUUGCUGGACGGCCACGAGCUGAAAGCCGCGAUGUUGCACACUAUUGCCCACCGCCCUGGCGCUGAGGAGCACUCAGUGCCCGAAGAAUCUAUCGCAGGUUACGUGGACGCCGCUUUGAAGUCGGACGCAAAUCAGGACGGCUUCAUUUCGUACCCGGAAAUAAGAGCGGUCAUGUAGUCAUUUGCGCACGUUGUUCACGCACACACUGAAUCAUCGUCAUUCACUAGCAACGUCAGUAAAGCACCAUUGAAACUCCC